AUGUCGAAUUUAACAUCAGUUCAUUUGCCUCGACGAGAUUCGAUGAAACAUUUAAAAUUAUAUGAUUUAGAUGAUAUCCAAACAAAAGACACAAAUGCAACACCUUCAAUUGAUCAUCAACAACCGCAUUCUAAUCAAAAUAAUACGUCAUCGUUAAAUCACUUAAUCUAUAAAUUAUCUGGAACAGAAGUGCGGAAUGAUAAUAAGAAUGAUGAUGAUACACCGAUGUACAGAACCAUUAUUUCAUCGCAACAAAAACAAAGACGCUAUGUAUUAGGUUCAUACAUGCGAUCAGAAAAUAUCACAAAAAUUCAGAAACGUAAACCAGAUGAUAAUGAUGAUGAUGAUGAUGAUGAUGAUGAUGAAAAGCAGACGAAAAAUAACGAUGAAAAAGAGUCAGAUAACGCUAGCGACGACGACGAUGAUGAUGAUGAUAAUAAAGAGGAAAGUUCGCCAAGUAGCAGCUCUAGUUCAAGUAGUUCAUCUAGUUCAGAGGAUGAUGAAGACGACGAUGACAUAUGGUUAGAUAAUCGUGCACUAGAGGGUAGAAAAGAGGUAAAAAAUGAGAUAAAAAGUGAUACUAAGAAAAAACAUGAAAUCCGAUUUGGAUUAGUCUAA